CUUUUCUGCUCCGCCGCCGCCGCACGAGGGACAAAUCACGAGUUAGGCAGCAAGAUCCGGCGAAGAGCAACUCCUGAUCGGUUGCUCUCAACCGGCACCUCGGGCGGUUCGGAGUGACCCGCGGCCAUGAGCGGCGGCAACGGCGGCGGAGGGAGCCCCAACAACUCGGAAUGGCGCUUCAACCAGACACUCCGCAACGUGCAAGGUAUGCUCAAAGGACGGAGCUUUCCUGGGAAGGUUCUGCUAACCCGAAGAUCUGAGCCCCUUUCACCUCCAGAAUACUCCCCACGCUCUGAGAAUGAUCGCUAUGAUUUUGAACAAAAUGAGGGAUCACAGGAGGCAGAACGGCAAGCAUCUGGAAGCACAACCGAUAACCUGAAUACUAAGAAAUCAAUUUCACCAUCGACAAGUAGCGUCAAUUCAUUGCCGGAUGCCCAAGGAAUAGUUUCUGGGGCUAGGGCAACAGAUUCUGCAAGAAUUACAAAAUUCACAGCUGAACUCUCUAGGCCAGCUGUUAUAUUAGAUAAAUUGCGUGAACUAUCUUGGAGUGGUGUGCCCCCUUAUAUGCGACCUAACAUAUGGAGGCUUCUUUUGGGAUAUGCACCUCCCAAUGCGGAUAGAAGAGAAGGUGUUCUAACGAGGAAAAGACUUGAGUAUGUAGAAUGCGUUUCUCAAUACUACGAUAUUGAUGACACUGAUCGCUCAGAUGAAGAGAUUAACAUGCUUCGCCAGAUUGCUGUUGACUGCCCAAGAACUGUCCCGGAUGUUACCUUUUUCCAAGACCCUCAGAUCCAGAAGUCUUUGGAGCGCAUUUUGUAUACGUGGGCCAUCCGUCACCCAGCAAGUGGUUAUGUCCAAGGAAUAAACGACCUUCUUACACCGUUCUUGAUUGUGUUCUUGUCGGAGCACUUAGAAGGCAAUAUGGACACUUGGUCUAUGGAAAAGCUUUCUUUGCAGGACGUUUCUAACAUAGAAGCAGACUGCUAUUGGUGUCUCUCGAAGUUCCUCGAUGGCAUGCAGGACCAUUACACUUUUGCGCAACCAGGAAUACAACGCCUUGUAUUCAGGUUGAAAGAGUUGGUUCAUCGGAUAGAUGAAUCAUUAUCGAAGCACAUAGAGGAACAAGGAUUGGAGUUCCUUCAGUUCGCCUUUCGUUGGUUCAAUUGUCUUUUGAUACGCGAGGUCCCUUUUCAUCUCGUGACACGCUUGUGGGAUACAUAUCUUGCUGAAGGGGAUUAUCUACCAGAUUUUCUCGUGUACAUAUCAGCUAGUUUUUUGUUAACAUGGUCAGAGAAGCUGCAGAAACUAGAUUUUCAAGAGAUGGUCAUGUUCCUCCAGCACCUCCCGACCAGGAACUGGGCGCACCAUGAGCUCGAGAUGGUCCUCUCCAGAGCAUAUAUGUGGCAUACAAUGUUCAAAAGCUCGCCCAGUCAUCUUGCCAGCUAGGGCGACAUCGUGGCUGUCGAUUAUAUAUGGAAGCAGGUCCCUGCUUCCGUUGUAGACACAUAUUCCAUUCUGGGAGGAACCUUGUAUGUUUGUUUUGAGUAAUGGAUUAUCAUAUAGCUCCAAUUUGUAUAUCUUGUUGCGAAAUUACUCAGUGGUAAUGAAUAGAUGACAUUGGAUUUUGACGCCCUAAUUCUGUUGCUUACAAAUGGGCAACUUCCUACUGUUAUAUCGGAAAUUGGCAACUUACUGAUUGAUUAUUCUGUGACAGUUCAGACAGCACCUUUCCAGUUUCUGCCAGUGAUAUAAAUAUGCUUCCUGUUUGUUUUUA